CCCAUGCCUCCAUGGACAAAGCAUCUCACAAUGGCCUCCUCUUCCUCUUUGUUUCUCAUCGCCGUGCUUCUUGCGCUGGUCUCAUGGCAGGCCACUGCCUAUGACCCUAGCCCUCUCCAAGACUUCUGCGUCGCCGACAUGAAGUCACCUGUGCGAGUAAACGGAUUUCCUUGCAAGGACCCAAUGGCCGUCAACACGGAAGAUUUCUUCAAUCCAGCCAUGCUUGACCAGCCUAGGGAUACUAAGAACAGCAAGGUUGGGUCCAACGUCACCAACAUUAACGUCAUCAAUUUCCCUGGCCUCAACACCCUCGGAAUCUCGCUGGCACGCAUCGACUAUGGACCAUUGGGUGUGAACACACCACAUAUACAUCCCCGUGCCACCGAGCUCCUUACUGUGCUUGAGGGAACUCUCUACCUUGGAUUUGUCACAUCCAACCCAAAUAGGCUUUUCUCCAGGGUAGUCAAGAAGGGUGACGUAUUUGUGUUCCCAAAGGCAAUGAUCCACUUCCAAAUGAAUCUAGCGCAUGACAAGCCAGCAGCUGCGUUGUCAUCACUCAGCAGCCAAAACCCUGGAGUUAUUUCUAUCGCCAAUGCAGUCUUUGGAUCAAACCCACCUAUUUCGGAUGAUGUUUUGGCCACGGCAUUUCAGGUGGAAAAGAAACUGAUUGAUUGGCUCCAAUCUCAGUUCUGGGAAAAUAACCACUACUAAUAUGUUGUAGUGUUUACACCUAUCAAUAGUAUAAAGAAUAAAUGUCAUGUAUGUUUGUGCCUGCAAGCCGCCAGAGUUUUCAUUUCCUUAUGAAUCGUUACAAUAUAUGUUGUUUGUUGGGAUUGAUAUGAUAAUAUGGUAUGGUGUAAGUGUUUGGUUGUUUAAUAAAUGGAAUACAGUUGUAUCCUCUUCCCUCGUAA